AUGACCGGCAACACCUCUCAGAUGCAGGAGGUCCCCAGCCCGGCUCGUGAUACAGAGAUCGAGGCAGCAGCACGCGAAGGAAACCAGAUCGGCGGUCUCGACUCCGCCGCAGGAGCAGCUCAACAUGAUGCCCACGAAGCCUCCGAGACUCUUCCUUCGACGCGCGCACCUACACAUGCGGGCAGCCUCCCCGCCUCAGAAGUGGAUGAGAAGAGCGAAACGCGCGCCGCUACACCAACUUCCGGCACGGACGACACCAAGAAGGGUCACUGGCUUCAACACGAUCAGCAUAUCCUGCCUUAUAACAACAUGAAGAUCGUCAUGCCAGGUCUCUGCCUCUGCGUUUUUUUGGCCGCACUUGAUCAAACCAUUGUCUCGACAGCAUUGCCGAUCAUUUCCCAGCGUUUGGAUGGAGAUCCAGGUCAAUACUCGUGGGUCGGAUCGGCCUACCUGCUUGCUGCCACGAGUUUGAUCCCCCUCUAUGGUCGUCUUUCGGAUCUGACGGGACGCAAGCCGCUUCUCUACGGAGCCAUCAUCAUCUUCCUCUUCGGCUCGGCCAUGUGCGGUGCAGCUCAAAACAUGGCUUGGCUCGAUGCGGCCCGUGGAGUUCAAGGUAUCGGAGGAGGAGGCAUCAUCGCUCUCAUCAACAUCAUCAUCGGCGACAUUGUCUCGUUGCAAGACCGAGGCAAGUUCUCGGGAUGGAUCGGAGGUAUCUGGGGUAUCGCAUCGGUCAUCGGACCUUUGCUUGGAGGUGCAUUCACGGACGCGGGUCACUCGGGUUGGCGAUGGUGCUUCUUUGUCAACCUGCCGUUGGGUGCCAUCGCUUUCGCCAUCAUCUUCUUCUUCCUCAACCUCAACCCGAGACCCAAGCUCACCUUCCGCGAGGCUUGCGGCGAAUUUGACUUCGUUGGGCUCAUCAUGAUCGUUGUCUCGGUUAUCCUCAUUCUGCUCGGCUUCAACUACGCAGAGACCAAGGCAUGGAACGUGCCCGAGACCAUCGCUCUGCUCGUGGUGGGUGGGUGCCUGUUGGUCGCUUUCAUGGCGUGGGAGUUCAAGACCAAGAAGAAGCCCAUCGUACCGCCGCGCCUGGUCACGACUCGAACCACCUCGCUGCUCCUCUUGUCGGUGCUGCUGCACGGAUUCGUCUUCUUCGCAGCUACGUACUACCUUCCCGUCUACUUCCAGGCCGUGUUCGGCGCCUCGGCUCUCAUGAGCGGUGUCUACAUGUUGCCGUACGCGCUGAUCGCCUCGAUCAUGUCGAGCGUGGUGGGUAUCGGUAUCAGCAAAGCGCGCGCCUACCGACCCUUCCUGUGGGCUGGUUGGGUGUUCAUGGUGAUCGGCUACGCUCUCAUGGCUACGCUGGACGCCAGCUCGAGCCAGGCUAGGCAGGAAGGGUUCAUCGCUGUUGCCGGUUUCGGCACAGGUUUCCUGUUCCAAACGCCGUUGGUGGGUCUCAUGGCUGCAAUGCCGCACGGCGACUUGUCUACCACGGUAGCAGCCAUGUCGCUGAUCCGUUCGCUCGGAGGCACCAUGGGAAUUGCGGUAGCAGGUGCUGUGUUCAACACGCAGAGCAGGACGAGGCUGGCCAAGAUCCCCGGCUUCUCUCCUUCGAUGGUCGCUACAGGCUCUGGUGGGCAGGACCUCACGGGGCUUCGAAACAUCCAGCCUCCCGAACUCAGUCGCGAGAUCAUCGCAGCUUACGGAAAGGGGUUGCAGGUUGUGUGGAUCAUGCUCGCACCUAUGGCAGCUGCAGGGUUCCUCGCGGUGCUCGGUGUGAAAGGCUACUCGCUGCGAAGGGACGUCAAGCAGGCACCACAGGCCGAGACGCGCAAGAAGGUGCAAGAUCUCGAAAGCGCUCAGCCCGAGGAGGCGGAAGCCUCAUCGGCGAGCGACAACUAA